GUUUGCGGACGCGGCGGCGACGGGCGGCACCCAACCAACCAACGGGCACCGUGGACCGCCAGCCAGGGGGUCUCUUUGUACGACAUAGCUAGCUUAACUAAUACCACCUGGCCUGGCUGCCUGUCUGUCUGCUCGCCUCCUUCUUCCUUGAUAAAAAACAAAAACGCCAUCUUUCAUUCACGCCGCCCUAGAUCAGCUGCCCUGUCUUUUACCUCAACCCAGUCACUCCGUCCGCCGCCAGCUACCAUGGCCGCUUCCAUCAACGCCCUCCUCACCAUCGUCGGGCUCGACCCGGCAAAGAACUACUCGUACCUUACCGUCCCCGUAGCGCUCUACGUGUGCCUCGUGCCGCACUACCUGGCCGUCGUCGACGCCGGCGCCGACACCGUCUACGACAACGCCGCGCCGCGCUCCUUCCAUGACAAUGUCCGCCGCGACACCUCGAUAGACAAGCUCCGCAAGGCCCGCAUCCUCCGCCUCGAGGGCGCCUCCAUCAACGGCUUCGAGACGCUCGGCUUCUUCGCCGCCGGCGUCCUCGCCGCCAACCACGCCGGGCUCGAGACCGAGGCGCUCAACGCCCUCAGCGUCGGCUACGUCCUCGCCCGCGUCGCCUUCGUCGCCGCCUACGCCGGCAUCCGCAACCGCCGCCUCUCGUGGGCGCGCACCCUCGUGUGGAACCUCGCGUCCCUCGCCAGCGUCGCCCUGUGGGUCAAGGCCGGGCUCAAGGUUGCGGGCGGCAAGUGAUCAGCAAGUAACGCGUGGUGGCCACGGACGGUGUGGGGUGAGGGAGCCCAUAUACUGAGUGAGGUACGAAGUUGGUAGUGGCGUGUAAAUGUGCAAUGUAUGUAUACUUGUUACCUUUAAUUGAACGGCAAGGUGGGCUGCAAGUUUGAUACA